AUGAGAAUUCGUAAGAGCAGGUCUCCCUUUCCCAUUCUGUAUCUCAAUGCCCAGGAGAACGCUUCAGUAUCAUCUCAGGAUAAGUCUAAGCGAGGGCCUGUGAUGACGGAUCCAGAAUUGCUUGAUCAGUUGCAACUAGAUGAGGCAAAGCAGAUCGGCAGAAGCUCUUUUGCGCCAGAUAUGCUGAAACCGGUAUCCAAGAGACAAAAAGGAACUGGCAAUCGAGGAAGAGCCGCAAGCAAGCCUGGUAUUUAUACAAGAAUCACAGAUCAUAAGAACCCAACUCCCAGAAGGAAAAGUAGAAGAAAGGUAGAUAAAAAUGAAGCUGCAGAAACAAGGUUGGUGUCAGCUGUGUCUCCAAAGAAAGAUCCUAGUGGACAUGAAGUUAGUAAGGAGGCAAAGUCCAACAAUUGUGAGUGGAGGAGUGAACUGUCCCUCCCUCCUCCACCAAAUGAUACUGUCGAGGAUCGGGACAAGGAAGAUCAACGAUUGUUCUUGGAGGUGGUUGAGGCUCUGUAA